AUGAAUGGUGACCAGGCAUUCCAGCCCAGCACUGCAUCUUCCCUCGUCGUCACGUUUGAUGCUGCCGCAGAGGGCUCAGUGAGUGUGGUUGUCUUUGAGCUGGGAGAUGAACAUCUAGGAGGCAUUCACCUUCCUGGUACUCAGGACAAAGAAAUUUUUUGCAACUCACAAAACGUUGAGCGGAAGCUCUGCAAAGAAAGCGAGAUUGGUCAAUUCUUAAUCUCGGACCAUGCUAGAGCGAAAGCAAAGUACCCCAUGAUUACUCGCGCCAUCGACUUGACGAAGCCCAUAGCGAUUGUGUAUCCCGUCCAAGGCCCAGGCUAUUUCUGCGCCGCAACGUACAGCCAGUCAGCCAAGUCGUACUCAGGUACAUUGUUGGCGAUCGAUACAAAUGGGAUCCUCCCAGCGUUCCGGGACGGCUCGCGCGCCAUCUAUACAUUCUUGGCGCCGUUCUGGUUUUUGUUGAAUUCUAUAUGGGUCUAUUUCGUUACACACCGGGCUUUGACACAGCUUAUAGACCCUUUCAAGGCUGUGCUAGGCACCUUAUCAAUUGCCCAAGUUGGAUUCAGAUGGGGCUACGUACAGCUUGAGGAGUCCAAAGCAGCAUCUACUUUGCAGAUUUUGUGGUACACUCUCGAGCUGACCCAAAACUCUCUCGUCAUGUUUAUUAUCCAUAAGUUAGUCACUGGAAGUGAAGCUUCACCACCGGACAGCAUGCGGUCAAAGAUUGUCAGAAGGAUUAUCCCAUAUGCCUAUCUGGCUAUUUUCCUCGCUAUAUUUGUCCUUGCAUCGCUCGCAGACUUUACUGCUACAGCUGAGAGCAUUCGGCCUGCCAUUGUUACUAUUUUUCUCGGAAUCUAUCUGUUCGUCGGCGCUGCUGCUGCUGCCUUUAUGCUUGCAAGACGACGUACUACUACUCAUGAACACCAGGGAGGGUUUUCAACGGAAGAUAAACUCAUUCGAAAACCACUCUCAUUUGUUCUUGCGGCCCUAUGUAUCCCAAUCAUUGCUAUUGCGGGUUUCAACAUCUGGGCAAUUCUAAAAGUCGGUGGCGACGGUGCGAAAUUUGCGCACAUGUUCUGGCACAGUCGCUUCGGGGUCAUUGAUAUGCCAUAUGAACCACUGUUUCUUAUAUUGGUCAUGGUUGUGGCGGGGCUCAGCACAUAUCAAGCACAUAGACAUGAUGAAAUGGCAGACAUGACGAGCAUGGAGACUGACGGUUUGAUGACCUACAAACCCGUAUCAAUGGAUUCGAGUGAGUUGGUAGAAGAGGAAAGGGAAGAGAAAUAG